AUGCAUUAUAGCCCCAUUAUUGCAACAUUGAUGGCCCAGAGCUACAGCUGGAGAACAACCCUGUCCAUCUCAGGCCUCUCUUGUUGUGUGGUCUCCUUCGUCUGCCUGCUGUUGAUCAGGAACGAGCUCAAGAACAUGGGCUUGCCCAACAUCGACACUGGGGGGGGGGGGGGGGGGGGGGGGGCUAGAAGUGAUGAGACCACAUUCAAAGAGUUCAUCCUGUCCCGCUACCUGUGGCUGCUGUCUGUGGGCUACCUGGUGGUAUUCGGGGUGAAGACGGCCUGCACUGACUGGGACCAGCUCUUCCUCAUCCAGGACAAGUCAACACUCAUUGGCAGUUCCUACAUGAGUACCCUGGAGGUUGGAGGCCUGUUGAGCAGUUUAGCUGCAGGAUACUUCACUGACAAGGCUGUGGCACAAGCUGUACAAAGCCAUGGAAACCCCCGUCAUUUUCUCUUGAUCUCCAUGAUGGCUGGGAUGUUUGGUUCCAUGUAUCUAUUCCGGGUCACUGUCACUCUAGACAGCCAAGGUAUAAGCCAGUACACUAUCAGUCUUUCUUUUUUAUGUUAUAAAUUGAUAUGGAUCUUCUUCUUGGGGGCUACUUUUGGCAUCUCAUUUUACGGACCAAUAGCCUUGUUUGGCGUGAUAGCCAAAGAGAGUGCUCCUUCAAACUAUUGUGGAACAUCACAUGCUAUCGUUAAACUAAUGGUCAAUAUUGGUGGCUUCUGCUCUAGACUGCCAUUCAGCACCAUCGCCAAGCACCACGGCUGGGAAAUGGCCUUCUGGGUAGCAGAGAUCACCUGGCUCGUCACUACCAUCAGCUUCUUCUUGCUUAGGAACAUCAGAACCAAGAUGGGUCACAUCCCAAGGAAGGCGGACUGA